AAUUCAAUUAGAGGACGGACAAACACAAUCGAGGGCUUCAAUUUCAGUACUUGGCUUCUAUGAGUAUUUAUCUCGUCUUGUGCUGAUCCCAGCGGAGCCGUCACACCCCCCUCCUCUACGUCGUCGUUUCGAACCCCAUUGCCCUCCCUUUCCAAUUCAAGGCCAAAGGUAACAUACCCAUCAAGCGAAUUUCGUUUUAAAUUCAACGUAGAUGUAGAAAGCCCCAAACUUGGUCAACUGGGUGUUGCUUUCCAUCAAUGUUGAAUUUUUUGUGUCAAUUUUUUUUUGGGAAUGUCGAUGGCUAUUUUGCUCAAGAGUUUUUAUUGAUGAUUGUGCUUGAUCACAGUCAUGCACCAUGUUUAAAAUCAGUUCCUGUUACAUUUUUGUUUGGUGAAAAGAAGUUUAUGUUAAUUGGGUCUUGGGGACUCACCAGGAUCAAGACAUAUCUCAAGCCUUGAAAACUGCUUAAAGAGGUGCUAAAGGAUUACCCACUGACAAGGUUCUAACAUGGGCAGUGGAAUUUGAACCCACGUUCGUGUAUGAUGAGAGAAAGUUCCAAGGGCGUGGGUGGAUCUUCUUCUCUUCAAUCCAUGAAGGAAAAGGAAAAACACCUGGUGGAAAAGAUUCAAGGGAUUUUCAACAGUCUUCAGUGUGCAAGAAAGGAGGGCAGGGGUAAUGACAUGGUGAUCUUUGAGGAGCAGAUGCAUCAGUUGCUCCGAGAGUGGAAGGCGGAACUGGAAUCUCCGGCCAACUCCUUAGCUGAUGGAAGCUUUGGUUCAUUUCCCAGCGAACUAGCCCAAAUGUUGCUAGGGAGUGAGGAUAAAGAUGAUGCUACUAGUCCAUUAACAAAACCUGUGCCAUUGAAGAAUGAGAUCCAUACAAAUAACAUUAGUGACGGCAAUUUUCAGUUUUUUCAGGAGAAGCAUUUUGAUGAUAACCAACCACUAGGUCAUACUUUUGAAGGCUCUGCUUCAACUCUGUACAACAAUGCUUUUAAUAGCUCAGAUAUGACACAGUUGGAUUAUCAUCCAUUCAGUUUAAAUCAAGAUAUGGAUCACAAACCAGAAGGUUUGAUUGGUCAGUUGGAUUUAUAUCAGGACCUCAGGCACAACACAGAAAUGAAAAACUCAGAAUCAACUCAAUUUAGUUUAGAAGGUUUUGAUUGUAGCCAAUUCUUUGAAGCUGAUGACAAUGUGCAGCAUGGAGAGAAUAUUAUACCUAACAUUCUUCCAAAUAUCUGCCCUCCACCUUCUGCUUUCUUAGCCCCGAAAUGUGCCUUAUGGGACUGUUUCAGACCUGCUCAAGGGGUAGAAUGGUGCCAGAACUACUGUAGUAGUUGUCAUGAGCUGUUGGCAAAUAAUGAGGGUCUUCCAGGCAUGACCCCAAUUUUGCGACCUGGGGGAAUUGGUGUAAAAGAUGGUCCUUUGUUUGAUGCUGUUCUUGCUAAGACGCAGGGAAAGGAAGUGGGCAUCCCUAGUUGUGAAGGUGCUGCUUCAACUAAAUCCCCUUGGAAUGCUCCAGAGUUCUUUGAUCUUUCUUUUCUUGAGGGUGAAACUGUCAGGGAGUGGCUCUUCUUUGACAAGCCUAGAAGGGCAUUUGAAAGUGGAAAUAGGAAACAGAGAUCACUUCCGGAUUACAGUGGGCGUGGUUGGCAUGAAUCAAGGAAGCAGGUGAUGAAGGAACAUGGGGGGCAAAAGAGGUCCUAUUACAUGGACCCCCAGCCACUUAGUUAUCUCGAGUGGCAUUUGUACGAGUACGAGAUCAACAACCAGGAUGGUUGUGCAUUAUACAGACUAGAAUUAAAGCUUGUGGAUAAAAAGAAAAGUCCUAAAGGAAAAGUGACCAAGGAAUCUCUUACUGAUUUACAGAACAAGAUGGGACAGCUUACUGCUGCUGUUCCGUCAACUGAUGAUGGUUAUGGACAACCAGUCAAGGGAAAAACAAAGACCAAGUCUGAGAAUGAUGAAUCUCCCAAAUAAAGCAAUACUCCAAUUGGCCAUUUUACCAUAUUACUGACCAACAUGUACAUACUUGAAGAUGGACCACUGCUUGUGGAAAUUUCUGACUUUCCUUGAACAAGGUAAAAAGGCUAAUAUAAUUUUCUUGUGGUAGAAGGUGCUCAUAGUCUUGUGCUGAAUUUAUCGAUAUUCUAUCAGUGGGAGUUUCCUUUGUUGGCUACUUUGCUAUCACCCAAAUUUCUGACACAUUCAUAAAAUUCAGUAGCGUUUAUUUGGUUGUACAUGUUCUCUAAUGGUGGGAACAGUUUUAUCUUGUAUUACUUCUACAAGUGAUGCAAAUUGAAUGCAAAAUAGAAUUUCUGUAUAGAUAUACUAUGCAUGCACUUUGCCUUCUGUUGAAUGAGACAUCGCUGUUCUUAUUUUUCAUGCAUGGUUGGUUUUAAGUUUAGAAUGUUCCAAACCAAGGUUUGGUCAAAGGCUUGUCACGUGUGAAAUUAGUAUUUUGAAGGACAAAACGUGGUCAUAAAGAGAACAAUCUUCUUAUU